CUCGCCUCUGCGUCAAUCCAGCAAUCAGAUUUCACCCGAAAAAACCAGCAAAAUUCGACUAUGAGAAAGAAACCGUUCAAGAUUGGAACUGGAACGGAUGGAGGAUCGAUUGAUUACCCAUUCAGGAAUGGAAAGUUACAGGAAUAGCAGCAAAAACGGAGAUAAAUGCGAUGGAAACGACCGAAACACUCCAAAGAUGACUUCUUUUACUCCUCCUCAAGGAGCGGCGGAGAGAGAGAGAGAGAAAGAGGUAGAUUAUGAUGGCGCUCAGCAUGACCGGAGUACGAGGAGGAUGAUUGACUUCGGAUGUGAGUCUCAUGGCCUUUAUCAGCUUCAACAAUCCUCUCUUGUUGGUUCAGUGGCGGCAUCUCCACUUCUUAUUCAUGCUCAGUUGGGACAUCCAAGUCGUGAUAAGUUGAAACAAUUACAUCCUAGUCUUUCUCACUUAGAGUCUUUGUCUUGUGAGUCAUGUCAGUUAAGUAAACAUGUUCAUAGUUCUUUUUCUACUCGCACUGUGAGUCGGGCUACAACCCCUUUUGUUUUGAUUCAUUCUGAUGUUUAGGGUUCGAGUCAUGUUUCUUCUACAUUGGGAUCACGAUAUUUUGUUACUUUUAUAGAUGAUUUUUUUCCGUUGUACAUGGUUAUAUCUGAUGAUGGAACGUUCAAGAUAUCUUCUUCCAAACAAUCUUUCUGCAUCCAGCUGCUAAUGA